CUAACCUUAAGGGAUAUGGGCUUUUGUAGUAGUUACGUAGGCAAUUGCGUAGAUUGAUAUCAUCAAUGGCGUUAGAACACACGUAGUCCCUGAAGUGGCCACGGUAUGACACACGACGCACAUGCAAUGACUGAUAUUAUAUGGUCGAAGCUAAGCCCCAAUAAGUAUUUAGUAAAAUAUACUAUUUUAAUAUUUCCAAUAAAAUAUUUAAUGUUAGUAACUUUUUGAUAGGAAACCAAAUGACAGCUGCUCUUAUUCUCCCUUCAACGUAAAUUGAAAACCGUAUAUUUACAACAUCAACAAAAAGUUAACCAUUGUCUUUUGCCACAGAGACACGACUAAAAAGUGUUAAAAAUUGCAAAAUAAUUCAGAAAGGAAUAUGCAUACAUUUUAGAUCUGGAAUGAUCAAUCAUACAAAGUGAUUACAACAUAACCAAGUUGCUUUGGUCUAAUGGUAUAUGAGCUCCAACUUGAGUGUCCGCCCUGGGUUCGAGUCUUGGCCACUGCGGAUUCACAUAUAGGUUGCAGCAUCCGAGACCGAAGACCGUUACGCGGUGAGCCAUCUGGUGACCUUCGGAUCUAUGCUCGCUUCGGUUUCUAGUCUGGACCACCACGGUGGAGAUAGGAUAUUCGGUUAUAAAAAAAAGUGAUUACAACAUACAUCUACAAUAACUAGAAAUAAAGGCCAAAAAUAUUAUGCACCAAUGAUUUAAAAAUUUACAUUUAGUGGGCAACGGCGAGAGGACUUUCUCCAACUUCUCACUAAAAAAAGAAGCUUCUACAUCACUGGUGUUUGUUGGUGGCCGGUGGCCUUCGCCGCCGGUUACCAUCUUUUUUUUUGUUUUAUAUGUAUAUAUUCGAUCUGUUUGAUCGAUCUUUUAUUCCGGUUGCGGAUGUUCUUUUCGCUAGGCGAUUUUGAAGUGCUUAUGAUCAUCAACAGCCAGAGCCAAUUUUCAUUCAAUUCCUUUCUCUGGUCUUACUUAGUUGAUCCUUAAUAAAGUUCCGAUCUUUUGAUCGGUAGUCGUUUAGGGGUCUUCUCUCAAUGGAAACCUAACAUCCCGACUGUUUUUCAUUUGGUUCUCCUCUUCCCGUCGGUUAUCCUCUAUCUUCAUCUAUAAGGAAAUCAAUCUUUGCUUUAUAUCAUCAAGCAAAGUUUUCCAGAGGAGAUAAAGAUUGAGUUUUGCAAGUUGUCUCGUGAUUUGCUUCAGUUUUAGAUGAGUUGAAACUUGUUAUUAGCAAGUGUUUCAACAAGAACUGUGGGUAAAUCAGUUCAAGCUGCUUGGUAAGUAUCACAUCCGGCGAUAAGAAUGAAGAUCCGGUGAAGACAGAGGCGUCACAGAGAGAAGUAUCCAACAAGUGAAGAUCUUUCAAUCCAGCCACGAAGCUUGAGCAAGCUGUGUGAAUUUUGCUGGAGGAGUGGCGUGCCAAUUACCCGACUGUAGCAGCGGCGCGUGCGAUGGCGCGUAUCCAAACUUGAUAUGAAAGCGUGUGAUGACGCGUGAGUUGAAGAAUUUCUGCAUGAUGGACGCGCGUCCUGCGGACGUGUCUUUCUCGAAGAUGCUGGCAAAGUCAAUAAAUUAGGCUUUACCAUGUAGGUUUAUUUAAAUUUCGAGAUUGUAACUUAUGGGUAAUGAACCUUAUUGUAUCUUCACUUGUACAAAAGCCCAUUAGGGCAUUAUCAAUAUAAGUUUGUUGACAAAAAAAAAAAAAAAAAGUGGGCAACGGCGAGAGUUGUCUAGAAAAAAGCAGGAGUCAGUAACGAAGAUAACAGAUACGAGCAUGAGCUGUUGUCCCUUGUCAUACUUUAACUAUUUUUUAAACAAAAAUCCUCAUGAUCUUUAACAAAAAGGUUUAAAUAUAGAGAAUAUAUUACUUCGCCGUACAGCGCGUUCCUAGUGGUUCGAGAAGAUGCCGGACACUAGUCAGUCAGAGAAGACAUCUAAGCCAGUCAAAACCCCAACGACCGAAUCAAAUGAUGACACGUCAUUAUUUUUCAAGCGCAGCUAAAUAUUAAUAAAAAUCGGAAAUAUCUAGAGAAGGCUAUAAAUAGAUCCUGGAUCAUUCUCGUCACCAUAAUACUUGUAAUUUUCUGAGACAAGCUUUCUUACCAAAAGAAGAAGAGAGAUAUCAUUAGAGAAGACGCGAGAAGAAUUAGAUACACGAACAGAUUUGAUUUGGACCACAACUUCGGAUUCUUAGUUAUCUACAACCAAUAGAUUGUGUUUGUGUCUGGUGAGACGUAAAUGGCAGUUUAUUUUCAUAGUGGGGAUAUUAAUAAAACUCAGCUCGAUACAUCGAGGAAAAGGAAGUCAAGAAGUAGACGUGAUGGUACCACUGUGGCUGAGAGGCUUCAGAUAUGGAAACAGUACAAUGAUAAUGUAGAAGAAGCUUCCACCAAGAAGCGGAAAGUACCUGCGAAAGGAUCAAAGAAAGGGUGUAUGAAAGGCAAAGGAGGACCAGAGAAUGGUCAGUGUAGUUUCAGAGGAGUUAGGCAGAGGAUUUGGGGUAAAUGGGUCGCUGAGAUCAGAGAGCCUAACCGUGGUAGUAGGCUUUGGCUUGGUACUUUCCCAACCGCUGACGAAGCUGCUUGUGCUUAUGACGAGGCGGCUAGGGUUAUGUACGGUCCCAUGGCCCGUCUCAACUUCCCCCAGUCGUCUGUGACUGAUGUGACUAGUAGUUCGAGUCAUUCUGAGGUGUGCACGGCUCCAGGACUUGUUCAUGUGAAAACAGAAGAUGCAGAUUAUGAAUCCAAUUCCUUCGUUGAAGCUGAUGCCAAGAAUGGUGCCUACACACAUGAAGAAAAGGUAAAGAAGGACGUUAAGGUAGAUGCUGGUAGUGAUUGGUUGAGCGAGUUUGAACAGAAGUAUUGGAGUGAAGUUUUGGAGGAGAAAGAGAAACAAAAGAAGCAAGUAGAAACCUGUCAGAAACAGCCUGCAUCGCUAUCUGUUUCAGAUUACGGUUGGCCUGAGGAUUUGGAUCAGAGUCACUGGGAGAUGUUUGAUGUUGAUGAGCUUCUAGGUGACUUGAAUGGAGACAUGUUUACAGGCUUGGACCAGAGCCAAUGUCUAGCGGGCAGUGUAGGUGGUGGUUUGUCGGAAUCCGAGAAGAAGCAAAUUGGACUAUAUCCGCUUCAAAGCCUUGACUCUAGUUACGGAUUGCCUCCGCUUCAGCUUGAUGCACAGGAUGAUAAUGAGUUCGUUGAUCUGAGAUUCUUGGACCUGGAGAGAUGAGACAAUGGAAUGUAGCUGGGUAUAUUUGUAUUCUGUAAUUUGCCUUUUAUACCAUCAUGUGUGUUAAAGACUCUAUUGACAUUUUUGUAAUAUAGAGAACCUCAUAAGACUAUAUUUUCUAUUGAACUGUAUAUAUUUAUACUGCGAGAAACUGUCUUCUCUGCAACAGAGAAUGUAUGACUUGCAAGUUGCUACACUGACUCUCUUUAGUUCUGUAACUUCUGUUGGUAAUUAUCCAAUGUAAAGGAGCUUUGAAAUGUGUCAUGCCUGAUGGGCUUUAAUGUAUCUCUCAAAUGGAUUGUGAUGGAUCA